AUGGAACCGCUGCAAUGGCUGCGCGCUUGCGCCCCGCUUUUCCUCCUUUUGAUUUUCAUCAAGUACACCGUCGGGUGCAUACUCACAUACAUCCGCAACUCCUCCAACUCAGAUCUCUACUCCAUCCCAUUUCCGCCGCUGCCGUUCUGGAAGCGAUACACGGUCGGCCAUAACCUUUUGUACCAUAUUCUAAGAGCAGAUGCGUUUGACACGGCAUCCUUGAUAAAUUCCUGGCGGAAAGCUCACGGUCCUGUCUUUCAGGUAUUUUCCCUUUUCGGAGAACGUAGCCUGUUCGUCACAUCUGAGUCAGCCAUUCGAAUGGUUCAUGUUUCGAAACAAGCCAGCUUUAAAAAGGCUGCGUCCACAAGGAGAUCUAUUGCUUCCCUGGUCGGCGAAAAUGGACUUCUGCUGGCAGAGGGCGAAAAACACUCUCGGCUGCGACGAGCUGUCGCUCCGUCAAUGCAUCAUAACGCGCUUAGUACUGUCGGGAAUAUUUUUCUCGACCAGGGCCAUUUGCUGGUGGAACGACUAAGCACCAUGGGGAACUCUGGAGGAGAUGUAUUGCGCGAGGUGAGAGUUGCGACUUUUGUUGCCAUUUUCGAGACUUGUCUCGGAAAGAAUGCAACGACACCAGACGUUGUUGCUCGAUUGCAAGAAGCAUACUACAUCGUCUUCCCAGAGCCACCGCUGAAGAUGCUUGCUAAUAGAAUCCGUCAUAAGUUCCUCUGGUUCAUAGACCAAAAGCAUUUUAGCUACAGGAAGGAUUUAAAAGAUUACAUCAGAACUACGAUCCGCGACAUCUGCGCCAAGCGUACUCGCGAAAUCGAGUCGGGCCCUGAUGAAGCCGGGACUCCAUUGGUUGCCUUAAUGGUAGAUGAAGACACGAAGAAGAACAUCCCACAUGAGGCAAUGGUGGAGACAGUUCUGAGUUUCUUGGUUGCAGGACAGGUGACGACGAGCAUGUCCGUUUGUUGGACGCUGUACGAGUUGGCUCGCGAUUCGGUUUGGCAGGGCCGCCUUUGUGAGGAGCUGAAGGCCUGGUCUGCGGAUGAUGGUAUGGAGGCGCUGGAUCAGUUGCCGCUUCUUGAUCGCAUUGUGAAGGAAUCGCUUCGCAUGUACCCACCCGUCUUCUUUAACACACGCGAAACGACAAAGUCUGUCGACCUAGACGGGUUCACAGUCCCGAAAGACACCCUUGUCCGAACACCAAUCUUGGCAAUACAAAGAAACGAGGAAAUAUGGGGUUCAGACGCGGCACAUUUCAACCCGGAUCGAUUUUUACGUGAUUAUGUGGUGGCGCAAUCAAAAAUGUACUGGUGUCUGUUUGUCUUCGGCUCUCGUGGAUGUAUCGGUCAGCGCUUUGCCAUGUUGGAGAUGAAGGCAUUUGUGGUUCAGGUUUUGUUGCGGCAAAGGGUGAGUGUGAAACCGCUAAAAGAUGCAGUACCCACCUGCGUAGGGCCAUUUGCAACGCCAAACGGUUUGAAGCUCUACUUUGAAAAUAGGUGA